CCAUACGGGGGACACAAUACCAGCCACCCCUAUGAAAAAGUACUUUCUCAACAAAAUGUCCACCGGCAAGCGUCUGGCGAAGCGCUCGAUCGUGGGUACGCGCGUCUGUGCGCCCGGUACCGAUGGCAUCUGGUACUCGGGCAAGAUCGAGUUCGUCAAAACGGCGCCCGACCAGAAGGAGCCGGGCCGCAGCCCGGGCGGCAGCUUCCUGCCGGGGCUGACCACGCCCGCCCGCUACACGGUGCUGUUCGACAACGCGAAGGAGGUGGCCCGGCUCGGGCUCGCCCGGGAGUUCCGCGAGACCGAGCUGAUCGGGCGCGGCUUCCGGACGAUCGCGGACGUGAAGCUGAAACCGGGCCAGAAGGUGUUCCUCACGUACAACGGGCGCGAGAACACCGGCGAGGUGAUCGCACACGACGACCUGAAGGACGAGGUGAAGGUGCGCAUUGCCGGUGCGACGAACGGUGCUGCACAGGAGGCGCCGAUUGAGCUAACCAAGCGGCUGGAGGAAAUUCGUCUGCUGGAAUCGCGCCGCUCGCAGCGGCUGGCAGUGCAGGAGAAGGAUACGGACUUUGCCCGGCUGGCGGAUAUGGCCGGCGAUCGGCGACGACAAUCAAACAGCAUCGAUGUGCCAUUCUCACUGACGCAACAGAACGGAUCUCGCAAACGACGGCCCUCGUACUCGCAGGACGAUCGAGAGUACUACAGUAUUAACGACGACGAUCCGAUGGACGAAUGCAACGCCGCGCUGGUACUUAUGAGCCUGUCCUGCUCGCCCAACUCAUCCGUGCACGGUUACGAAACAAUUCUUGGCACCAGCUCGGGCAGCAGCACCACCUCCUGGAGCACCGGAUCGACCUCGCCGCCGCUGAGCGAGGAUGGACAUUCCACACCACCGACGCACCACUACCAGCACGAGCUGAACCACAAUCAUCAUCACAAUGGACGCCACCAGGCGGCGGGUUCGGGCGGUUCGGGCGGCCGUGGCGCGCGCACCACCUCCCUGUCGACCUCGGACGAAGGCAUCGGCAUGGAGUACAACGAGGACAUGCCGAGAAAGCGUCGGGUCAGUCAGCGAAUUUUCAAAUGCACCUGGAAAGGUUGUGGCGUCAUCUACACUACAUGUACGGAAAUCACUCAACACGUUAGGAACGCACAUCUUGGCCCCCGCAAGCCGAACGAGUACAGCGACGAGGAGGAUUUCUUCUUCACCGAAACCGAGGAUGAGAGCGACGAGAGCGCGCCGAAUCCACCCUCGCCACCGACGCUGAGCCAUCGCGACAUGGCACGUCCCCCGCACGAGGAUCCCGAGUACCAGCGCCAGAUUGUUGGCACCUACCGGCAGGGAUUGCUCUCGCAAUCGCAGGCCCUCCAGCAGCAACAGCAACAGCAGCAGCAGCAGGCUGCACAGCAGCAGCAACAGCAACACCAGGCCCAACAGCAGCAGAUCGCCUCCAUCAAGCCACCACUGCCGGCCGGCCUCACGGUGGCGGCUCUGAGCGGCUCCAACGGCACCUCGUCGGCCAGCAAUGGCGGCUCGAACGGCAGCAGCAGCAGCAGCAACAGCAAUGGCAGCACCAGCAACGGUGCGGUCAACCCGCACAGCAGCGUCUCGCCGCUGAUUCACCACAACUACACCUGGUCGCAGGUUAGCCCGACGUCACCCCAGAAGCACGUGCGGCUGUCGCCCCGACCGUCGGCCUCGUAUCCGUACCCGUCGCCGAACUACCAGCACCACUAUCAGGCGCAGGCCGCCCAGCAGCAGCAGCAGCACCAUCAGCAGCAGCUCGGCCACAUCCAGCUGUCGCCGGGUGCGGGCAGUGGCAGCAACGGUACCGCCGCCUACCACCAGCUGCUGGCGGGUGCGGCCGGCGCCACCGGCGCCAUCGCGCUCGGCUCGUACAGCAGCAGCCCGGGCUCGAGCGGCGGCGGCAGCAGCGUGGGCAGUGCGGGCAGCGGCCAGCACCGUUCGCCCGUGUCGCCGAACCGGAGGACGCGCGGCGAGAACAAGAAGUGCCGCAAGGUGUACGGCAUGGACCACAAGGAUCAGUGGUGCACCCAGUGCAAGUGGAAGAAGGCGUGCAGUCGAUUUGGCGACUGAUCCAAGCCGUCCGCCGGCAACCGCAAAGCAGCAGCAGCGCCACCACCACCACCGCCACCACCAGCGGGCAGUAGCGGCAGCGCCAAGUUGCACCCGUCGGCAGUCGUCGGGCCGAGUGGGGCAUCGGCUGGCAACGCCAACGCUGCCCCGUCUACUUCGCCAUCGUCCUCACAGUCGCUGUGGAUAUCGUCGUCGUCGUCGUCCUCGUCGUCGUCCUCGUCAUCGUCGUCUUCUUCCGCGCCCUCAUUGUCCUGUCCGUCGUCCGCGGUGGCGAUGGUCAAGCAGGUGAUCCAGCUGCAGUCCCAGCCGCCACUGACCGCAACCGCAUCGUCGCUGCUCCUACACAACCAACACAGCCAGCCGGCUCAGCACCGGCUCAGCGUGCAGUACGCACAACCGCAGCAUCCGCGUCCGCGCGCCCACGGCAUGGUGGUCUGAUGCGAUCGGCCGCCACCGUUACAGCGUGCCAGGUACGACGUGUGUCAUCGAGGCAGCCUCAUAGGGGUGCAACCAAUUUAGUACUUGCGAGCGAAACCAUCGCAACAAAUGAACACCCUUCCGGCACAACGUUGCAACCGUCCGCAACAGACAUGGUGCCAGCAACAAACCACUUAACAUUGGCGGCGCAGAUAGAACGCAGCCAGCCAACUAACCAACCAACCAAACCAGCUCAUCGACGAUGGAUAAAAGCAAAAACCGUAAGUAGAGAGUAGUAAGAAGUAAAACAUCAGACAGAGAGAAAUUAAAAAAACACCCAAUAGUUAAGACUACACUGCGAAACGAUAAACGCAGUGAAAAGGAAAAAAACACACACAAUUACGAGAAGCAAAAGAUCUUUAAAACAAAACACAAGAGAGCGAUAGAGAGAGUUAAGAGAAGAAAAAAAAAACAAACAAAAGAAAACGAAAAUACGAAAACCACAAGACAUCAAAGGCUGAUUUAGUUUUAACAUGCGGAUAAACAAAAAAAACAAGAUAAAAAGCAAACGAAAAAAAAAAAUCUACAAAGCCAACCGAUUGGGUGACAUCGAACUGGCCAGGGGUAACUGGUCGUACCGCACGGCAUUAGCCACACUACCAUGGCAUGAUGGAGGCGCCCCGGACUUUUGGACGGAAGCGCGUGACAUUGCGCUAGCAAAUGUUUUCAAGUCACUUGUCUUGACUUAUUUAAUUCACCAAGCAAGCGCGAUCGGUCGCCUUCACUGUGCCAAUCGUCACUCGUCCGCCCGGACAACCGGACUCAACUCGCGAUCCUGCCAGCGGCUGAACUGAUACAAUCUUCUGACAAAUAUACCGUCCGAUAAUCAAAACAUCAAACAAUGUAAACCUCACACACCCAGAUUCCCCCCAGAAAACAGCAACAAACACUCAAAAUAUCCGGAAGGAAGUGGGGAGUGUGAGGAUCGCGAUGGAAGGAUCGCCGUUCGUGUGCUGGUGGUGAGCGUGAGAGUGACUGGGCGCCUCCAUCGAUCGUUACCGCCGCGGCACGACCGCCGUACCGAAUGAUCUCGAACCCGUUCGCUGUGCCGAAGAAAUGUGAAAUAAGGGUAUUUAAACAAACACACACGUACGCAAAAAGAAGAUUACAAAGAUGUAACACAAAAGAUCUGCAAUUCGAGAAGGGGAAAGGGAAAUGCAAAAUGGAGGAGCAAAAAAUGGAAAAAUUAAAAAAUAAAACCCACUGCCAAUAAGUUUAAUGAAGCGAGGGCGAUAAAUGCCGACACCGACUCAAAUGCAAAAGGAAGGGUUAAAAAUAAAGAGAAGCAAGGGCAAAAAAGAAGCAAAAGCUCGCCACUAACGCGUUGUCAGUUAUGUGAAGAAGAGGAAGAAAAAAACAUGCAGGAUGUAAGUAAGGAAGAAGUUAUCACAAAACCAAGCGUACAUCGCUGGAAGGUGAAGGCAGAAGGCAAAAGGCGAAAGCAUAUUGUUAGUAACAGCAUCAUAAGUAAUCAACAGCAAACAACAACACAAGCAAAAACCUAAGCAAAACACAAGUAAAAACGUAUAAACGUAAUUCGUAAACGUAAAUUCUCUACUGCAAGCGAUAAACAGCGCAAAAACAAAAAAAAACAACAUUAACAAAACAAACAAACGCAAAUUCUGUCUAUCUGUGUGUGAGUGUAUGUAAUUGUAACAUAGGAGAAUAAGUAACGAGGGGUAUAAUCGGUAAACGAAGAUUAUGAAGCAAGCAUAAAUAAGGCCACAAGCAGAUACAAGUGCUCGAAACACACACACACACUCACGCGUUGGUACCUACUGUGUAUGUUUACCUACAAUUAAAAGCGGGUUGUAUGACGAUACCGGCGGUUGGAGUUGGAGGUUAUGCAUGUUAGAGGAGAAUCCUGAUGUACCAGCAUCGACUGCACCGGCCUAGAAAACAGCCACAUUUUUCCCUCCCUCACCAGCUAAUGCUCCUAUUUACCAAUUUUACCAACUACCAACUAAAAUUACUAAACGAAAACACCCCUAUCGCCCCCGUUUACACGUACGCCAAGCAUCGAGCGGGCAAAAAAGCGGGUUUCGAUAAGCAUAUGGGAGCCGUGGUCACAUCUGAACGCGUACGACCCUCCCCACGUAGAGUUACCCACGAGUCGAUCGAUCGUCACCGAAGGCCAGCAGCGAGCCCUGCAAUGUGUGUUGUUAUACUUUUCCUACACGCUUCUCAGUCUCCCGCUUAGUGCAGCAGAGCAAAUGUGAUACCAAGCGGCGGAACAAUCUUGACUGUUUUUGACCCCGUUGUGAGCUACGAGCUUUUAAGACGCGACCGUGCGCCUUGGCACGAUCGUUUACGGCAGCAUCGUUACCGGGCUCUUUUUCUUCACAAGCGGUGAAAGCAUACUUUGCCAAUGUUUUGAAGCCUUUCUUCCCCUUUGGAAACCGAUAUGACAAGGUUAAUUAAGCCUUGUGCUGUUGUGCAUGGUUUAAGGGGGAUUCCUGAUUGUAUGGAACCCUCUGGACACUGUCCACGGGCCCCAUCCAAACCCUCGCCGCGGUCGUGGCGGCGGAACAGUGACCGCUAAUGGUAGUGAUGACGGUGAACGAUGAUGAAAAUGAUACGCAAUUUUGCAACUGAUGAUCUCUGUGAAACUGUUCGUUUUUUUUUUAAUUUAAUUCUCUCUCCCCGCGCGUAGAGACUUGCAUAUUUAUAAACAUUUAUUUUUUAUUCGUACGAUUGUUUGUUUGUUUUACAACGUGUUUUUGUAGCUCGUGACGUUCUGCGUAUCCUUGGCCUGAUCUGCCCUAGUCUGGUCUGGUAAUUAUGGCCAAACAUUAUUGUUUCUGUACUGUUUGGUACUGCUUCUUCUUCGAGCGCGAGCAACUUGGAACUUGGGCGGAGGAAGAAUUCGUUCUUCCAACCCUUCCAUACCGCACUGUGCAGCUGCAGCCGGGUGGCAAAGACAUUAAAUCAAUCAAGAACGCCAAAACAUACCGACAUUUUUCAUUGCCCGAGUAUCUCCAGCUUCAAAAAUCCCAAAAAUUCAAACAAUCGGUUGAAACACGCUAAUAUGUAAGCAACACAUUGAAUCAAACAAAAAAUAAACAAACAAAAGCAAUUGGAACGUGAGCAAGAACUGAACCGCUGAGGGUACAUUUUGACAAAAAAAAGAGGGGGGAGGGUUAGAUUAUACCGGUAGUGAUGCUAAGCAAACUCUACACACACACACACACACAUGUGUAUGCGGAAGUGGAGGGGAGAACUCGUGAGGAUUCUGGCACGAAAUGCAUUGGAAAAGCACUCGAACAGUUCCGAUUGGUUCCGGGAUGUUUGCAAUGCCGAGGGAAAAGGGAGCACGUGUGCAGGCAAUGGUCCAUAAAGCAGCCACAAGCGCACUGCAGUAACUACUACUACUACUACUACUACUACUACGACUACUACUACUAUUACUACUACUUUUAAUGACAAUCGUGAGCAAACUGAUAAGCAAAUGCAUUCGAUCGCAAGCAAAAGGAAUCUUUACGUAGUAAGUGUACGUGUAUGUGUGUGUGUAUGUGAAUGUGUGUGUAUGUGCGUGGCAUUGCUUAUAUACAUGCACAAAUGAUCACCAUUAUCCCCAUUUCCCACACACCGCCCUGUUUUACCAACAACAACCAAAACAAUUGCUUGAAGGAUUGUUUGAUUGCUUGGUGGGGGUGGCUUUUAUGUGGUGGCUGUUUGUUUUUCACUUCCAAUUUACCACCAAUAAAAAACAAACUGGAAUCGAACGGGUAUGCGAACGAGAGAGAAAGAGACAGAGACAUGAAAGAGCAAACAGUAAAGCAAAGCGUUGGAAAUGUAUUGACAAGACUAAAAACUUUUGCCUAUUUAUAUGUACAAAUCGAACAAAAACUGCGGAUAAGGGAAGUAGUAACGGGAAUGAUCGAACACGUGUGUGCUGUGCUGUUUGCAGUGCAUUAGCAACCCAAACAACGUUGAAACCAAGCAUUACAUUGGUUCUCUUGGUGCAAGUGCAGCAUUUGGGCAAGAAUAAUGUGUUUCGUGUACCGUUCCUUGUGGGAUAGGACCACAGAACAUACAUACAUACAUACAUACAUACAUACGCAUACACACAUACAAAACAUACACCAUUUGGGAGAUAGUAGCGAACAGGAUAGCGAUGUGUUUGAUAGCAGGAAUCGAUAAGAAAGCAUGUGGCAUAACCGAGUAGUGAUGUGAGCAUGUGUGUAAAACGUCUCUUUGUCCGUGUGUAGUAGUGAAGCCGUUUUUUAAGUGUAAUUUUCCUCUCACAAAAAAAAAAACUCGUUUUAUCGUGUUUGUUAGUAAUGAAAGGGACAGGUGGUUGUAAUCGUAAAAAAAAUGCAAGCAGGAACGAACAGAAGAGAAUGUUAGGAAACGCAUUACCCAUAAUACCGUGUGGAUAGCUUAAGCCGGUUUUGAAAGAGGACGAUGCGCAUAAGACAUGCCAUGGAGAAAGAGAAAGAGAUAUAAUGAGAGAUAGAGAGAGAGAGAAAGAGAGAGAGAGAAAGAGAAAGAGAGAAGACAAGCAAGUGCAUAUAACAUGAUACAGAAGUAACACAUUUAGCACCACCUCAUCUAAAGCAAAUGCACUCCGCCAUUUUACCACUCCUGCAGAAGGCAAGUAAGAAGGAAAAACAAACGGAUACGAAGAAGACGGUAACACAGAGCACAUAACAGAACAGAACAGAGAUCCGAAGAGAGAACAACACAGUUGUACAAAACAAACAAACAAUAGCACACGAAUAAACCAGACAAACCGAUGAUUAGUGUACUGGACUGGGCGUUAGUAGACGACGAACGUGAGCGAGGAUAGAGAUGAUGGACAUAAAGCGAAGUAAGAGUAGAGGUGGAUCAGUGGAGGAGGAACAAAAUAUGGCGCAUUAUUAUUGGGGUUACCGUAUUUUAUCUGUUUUAAUAUAUGAUUAUUAUUAUUAUUUUGUUGUUUUUAAGCGAACCAAGAAAAAAAAACACACACAAAAAACAUAAACACACACACAAACGCAAAAAACACAUACACACUCAUACCCAUGAAAAGUAAAAAGUAAGCAUCAAUGUGACAAUGUGUUGUACAGUAGUAGUAGCAGCAGCAGCAGAGAAGUGCGAUAAAAACAUAUAAGUAAGGUAUUGAAACGAAUCCCUAAGAUUUAAAGAAAACGGAGCGAAAGAAAGAGAGAGAGAGAGAGUUACUAACAAGAGAUAAAAAAGAAGGAAAAAAACGGUGAAGUAAGUAAGUUACAAGAAGAAGAAAAAAACAAUGUAAAAGAACAAAAAAAGAGAAACGAAAAGAGAGAAAGAGAGAGAGAGAAAGCGAGGAAGAAUUGAUUCACACCCACCUUUAUGCGAUAUAAGUUAUUUCGUACGUUAUAAUCUGUUAAGCGUUAGUUUUAACACAACACAAACAAAACAAAACAAAACAAAACAAAAUAACAAAAAAAAAACCAUUAAAUCAGCAAACACGUGAUUGUUGGUUUUUGUUUCAUACAUCUAUACAUUAAAACAUAGCUUCUUUUCUUCUUUGUCUACCACCUAAGCAUAAUUUAAUGUUGAGCAAAACGACACACGAAAGCAUUACUAAACACACUAACUAAACUAAAAUCACACACCAACAAACACACACCCGGAACACGGAAACGCUUCUCAUCACCACCAUUUGUACUUCGUAAGCUUUAAGCUUUAAGAGUUUACAACUAUUUUACAACGUUCUAUUUUUAAAUACCAUAAAAUAUCCUUUCCCUUUUAAGGGGAUGGAUGAACACAGCAAAUCGGCAAACUUCGUACACAAACACACACGCCGCAAGCACAGGCAAACUAGUGGUUAAAUCGUUACAGACUCAGCUCUCACUACAAAGUGUCUUUCCUUCUGCUUGUGCACAAAUGCACCAACAAAAGCAACAACAACAAGUUAAUUCGUUCAGUAACCAAUUGUUAAGAAGCACUGUUAGAUUGUUCAAACAAACAGACAGACAGACAGACACACUAAAACACACACACACGCAUGCAUGCAAUUCGGUGCAUCCUUUGUGCAUUAUUAUUAUUAAUGUUAUUAUUAUUAUUGUAAAAUAGUGUCUCGCGACAUGCUGUGUGUGAUAAAUGCGUGUUUGUUCUCUUUUCUUUUGUUUAAUUUUGCUGUCUUCACUUUCUAUUUUGUCUGUUAUUAAACAUAAAACCCGCUCCAUCUCAUAGUACCGAUCCGUUUGUUUGAGAGAGGGAUAUAUGAGAUGGCUCAGAACGGAGUAAGGAUGCCCCCCGGGGGAGAUUUAGUGGGAUAAGUAGAGGAAGAACAAUGCAACAAUGCAGACAAAAAAAAAACCAGCGAAAUAAAAUGAAAACAAAACGAAACCUAAAUGCCAAGGCCAAUUAAGUAAAGGGAUGAUAAUGAUGAUGAUGAUGAUGAUGAUGAUGAUGAUAGUAUCUCUGUAAAGUUACGUUAGCCAGAUAAGGGUAGGCACGGUCGCAUAAAUGCAGUACAAGUUACACAAGCUUCUUACACAUCGCUUACACAACGCGCUAUCUGCACGCUCUGGUACAUUUGUUCAUUUGUUUCCUUUCGUUUUUCCUCUCUAUAUGGUUCUUUCUUUUCGGUUAUUUCCCUCUUCUCUCCGUCUUGCUUUCAUUUUCACUUACAAUUCUCUUUUUUUUUAAUUACCUUUUUUGUUCUUCCCGCUUCUUUCGCUGCUCACUUAUUAAACCAUUCAUUACUAAUUUAGCGAGCGACUCAUAAUGUUACAAUUUGACGCCAAACGCAUCGGCCGGCGCCAGCAAAUGCCUCUCCCUUGGCGUUGGUCGUUGGUUGGUUGCGGCACGCAUAACGAAAAACCACUCUAUUUAUCUGCCAUUUAUACCUAAGAUUACAUUUAUUUACGCGGAAAUCGGACGUAUCGGAUAACGGUGUGUCCUCUGUAGCUCUGUAGGAAGAGAGAAAAAGAGGAAGAAGAAGCAGCAGAAAAAGAAAACGAAAUAACAACAAAAGCUAGAGUUCCAAAGCUUUUGUAGCUUUCAUUUUCAGUCGGUUUUAUCGAGUUAGUUUUUUUUAAUUGAUUAUUAUCAUUAUGAUUGUACUUCCCACCAUUCAUUGUGCUUUAUACUUUUAACCAUUUCGUUUGCAUGAUUUGGAAACCAUUUUCUUCUUUCGUCUCUUUCUUUUUUCUCCAACUCCAAGUUAAGUGCAUUAAGUGAAACGAAAGUACCAUGUUUUUUUAUACAUUUUACAAUAAUACUUUUAGCUGUAACAAAUAACAAUAACAAUAACAAAGCAGCGAAACAAACAAUGGUAGCGAGUCUUACGCGCUUCCGUUUGUUUUCUUCUGCUUUGUUUUUUGAUCGUGAUUUUUGCCACCGUUGAGUUUAGUGUUGCAGUUGCAGGUACUACUACUACCACUGCUACUAGUACUGGGCGGUUUUAAGUUAGUUCAAUUUUUUUACUUCAACCCCCUUCUUUUCGCCCGGCUGGUGAUGGUUGAGAUUAACAUUUAACAAUCAAACAACGUACACACAAACACACACACAGAUAUAUACAUAUAUACAUCCACAAAACUCACACUCAUGCAAAGGCUUAGCUGUUAAUGUAGUGAAAUAUAUUAGGGUUUAGUAUGUUUAUUUCAUAUGUUUUUUUUCCGCCCUCCGAAAUUGAUCUUUUCUUGCUGUCGUUGUAAACACACUUAUUUAUUUAUUAUCCCAACAACCAUAUUUUGCCACCUAAGACGCAGGGAAAAGGAUAGAGGAAAACGUAUAAAAAGGGGAAGCUAGAAAGAUAUAGAGAGAUAGAGAGAAAUAAAACGAGAGAGAGAGAGAGAGAGAGAAAGAAGAAAGAAAGAGAGAAAGAAGUAUAUUUUUAUUUUUAAGCAACAAAGAGAUAUAUAAAUACAAAAUGGAAGCAUAAUCAACUUACCGGCACUUACCUUCAAAACACACAUACAAACAAAAAAACAUGGGCAAACAAUCACAUACAAGAGCAAACAUAUUACAAAAAACAAAAACAAAAAAACAAAAUACUGUAAAAUAUACACCUACAAUAUAAAUGCUGCAACGUGAAAAACGUGGAAAAGUUACUGAGCGGGGGGGGGGGGGGUAAAAAGGGCACAGCAAAAUAAUGGGUGCAAAAACGGACAAACUCGACCAUUCGAUGGUUUGCGUUCUCGCUACUAUAUAUAUACAUACGUCACAAUACGCUCACGGUACGCGCGUUGUCAGUGUUUCCGUUGCUUUGGUUGCUUUGACUGUACGCGCACGGAAAAGCAUGUACAGAGAACGCUAAUGAUGGGCAGCGCAUCUACCUUGAUCUACCUGAUCGGAUCGAGCGUUUCGCGCAAAACGUUCCCGAGCGGGAGAAGAAAGGAACUAUUACAAAGCUCAUGCAAAAACACAGAAACCCGCCACAGACACGGAACGGUUGUGUAUGCAAACACUAUUUAAAUCACUAGCCUCACCCCCAAAAAAAAACACACACACACAGACAAACAGUGCAGUCCUGCAGUCCAGUAGCGUUUAGUAGUAGCAGUAGUAGAUCGCGAAUCGAUGUCGAUGGAUGUAAAGUUGUAAAUAGAUAGAGCCAAACAGCCCCCCACUCACCACCCCGAACUCCCCAUCUCAGCUCCCUGUUACAAAACUUAAAUCGUCAUCAUCAUCAUCAUCGUCAUCAUUAUCAUCAUCAUCUUCUUCACCACGCUACCACCUUGGUGGAGGACGAUGAUGAUGGUGUUGGUGGUGGUGGUGGUGCAUGAAUUUUGCCUACCUCGUGAUUCGGUCUCGACUUAUCAUUGCAUUGUUUGUUUGUUUGUUUGUUUGUUACCUUGCCGCCUGUAACUUUUCCUUUUCCUCUUUUUUCCAUUUAGUAAAAUUAUUUUUCUUUAGCAGAAUUUUUGUUUAAGUUUAAGAAGUAGCUUCAUUUGCACACCGUUUAACUGCAUCACUAAGGGAUAGUUUUUGCUGCUGGCAUGUUUUGUUUAGUUUCGUGUGCGUUUUUUUUUUUUUUUUAAUAAAACCCCUACAAAAUAUGUAAGGCACAGGGCGGGACCCUAUCAGCAAGAGCGAACCAGAAAGAGAGAAAGAGAGCGUGAUGGAGCUAUGAACCGUGCGUUAAACCAAAACAAACUGCAAAAAAACAUUACGAAAUAGGCAACACAGCAAAAACUAAGUAAGCAAAGAAGAAGAAAAAGAAGAGUAAGCGAAAAUAAGAGAGGAAAAACACUCACACACAAACAGAAAUAGUUUUAAUUGUGCAAAAAGUAACCGAAAAAGGAAGAAACGUGCCGGAAAAGGGUGCAUGCAAGCGUGGAGUGCGACGCAAACCAUGUAUUAAAGUUGAUGAAGCAAGAGCAGAUAGUUGUUUCUCUGAAUUAUGCUAACCAGCAAAGCAAAACAAAACAAAGGCAAGCGAGAUUGUUAAGAGCGGAAAGUGGUGAACCGAAUGUUGAACACAUUGACAAAUGAAAACUGAAUCAGUAGAGUAAGUGUGUAAUAGCAAAGCGUAAAGAGACAAAGAGAGAAGCAAACGCAUGUAACGCAUUCGCUGGAAGUUGCAAAGUAAAUUGGAAGUGAAAAAGAAAAGAAGAAGAAGCAAGCCUUUUGUUGAUAAUGGUACACUUAUUUUGGAUUUGGAAAGCAUGAAACAAGUAAAAUUAAAAUAAAAAAAACACACAAAGAUAUCCACAAUCCCUUUUUGCAAAACUUACAAAACUCAAUGAGAAAAGAGAAAAGGCAAUACACAAAGCACAGUGGAGAAAGAGAGAAUGUUAUUGAGAACAAGCGUGCAAGACCGGUAAAGAUUUCAAAGUGAAUGAGAAAAAGGAAAAGAAAAUCAUGCGUUCAAAGAAGCAACAACAAAAAACACACACACAGGUAACAAAACAACAAUGAGCAAAGUGUGUAAACAGAUGAAUACGAUGACAUGACGAUGACGAUCAUGUGAAGAUGCUGCGAAAGGGACUGUUUCUCUCCCCCCGGGAACGGGUCUAUGUGUGUGUGUGUGUUCGACAAAAUUUAGGCAAAUUUUCUCUAUUCGGCCAACGCAAAUGAUGCAAGCGAACACCAAAACGAAAACUGAAAACCGAACUGAAAACCGGGAGAAAACGUCCCCCCUUUCGGCGGGAUCGUCGUUGUCGCUUUUAAGCUCUCACAAACGUAUGGUGGUAUUGUACAACACCAGCUAAGGGCGCACGCGCAAAAACGCACCCUUCUCUCUCACACACACACUCACACUCACGCUUUAAACGAAGAGUAGUCAUAUUGAUCAUAUCCCGCAGGAUCAUCGCACAUCAUUCCCAAUUAAAACAAAAAAAACAAGGGCGAGCAUAAAGUACGGCAAAGCCUACUGCGAAAGCAGGCGCAUCGAAGGGGGGGGGGGGGGAUUGCAGGCAGUGCAGCUAUGCAUACACGCAUGUGUGACCGUAUGUGGUUGUGUGUUGUUACUAAAAUUUAAAAAAGAAGAAGAAGAAGAAGAAGAAAAAGAAAAGCUACACACACACACUGACUGGUGACAAAAAGCAAAAAAUGAAACGAACAACAACUUGUUGAUAUUGUGUUUUCCACGCGCCUAUGCACUUCAGUUUUGAGUUAAGAGUUUGAGCUCCAUUUGCAACCGUCAUCUAACUUUACCACUCGUUAUCUAAGCUCGUUAUUGUUAUUGUUCAAUGCACAUUCGCCCAACUUUCCCCCCAACACAACUUGUUGUUCACAAGUACAAACACUAAUGCAGCUGUGUGAAACCUGUGUUAAAAUUAAAGGGACAACUGAAAUGUGCGAAUUUGAAAUGGUAAAAAAAGAACACACUUUAAAACGUUAAAAUACAAUUUGCACACACACAUUCACGCACAUACAUGAAAUGUCUGCGCAUUUGUGUAAUGUGUUUUUCUUUGUUGUGCUAUUUCCCGUUGUAUUCCCCUUCGCUUUUUGCUAGCAGCGUGUGUUUUUGUGUAAUGUUUUUUUUAUGUUUUUUUUUGCAAAAUGUUUGGUUUCAGUUACUUUUGAUAUGUUAAUUGUUUUCUUUUUUUCGGUUAAUUAUUUAUUAAAAAUGCUACAAACGUUCGGCACCACUAGAGUUUGUUUGUUAUUGUUUGUGAAAGUUAAAGAAAGGGUCGAACCAAAACGUGCAAAAACUUAGAGAUUAACAAAAACAUAAAAAAAAACACAUAAGACACAUUGAAACCAAUGAAACACAUACACACACAAUGCACAUACCAAACACACCAAACAUAACGUUAUUAAAAAAAGAAGAAGCAAACGUUCGUUUCACCUUUCCCAAUCUUCCCUCUCACUAUCUCUGCCACUGCACUCGAUGCUGCUUCGCUUGGGUACCAUGAGUGAGGAGAUUCCGAUCAUAAAAGCGGAGCAAAGCUUCAACAAGAAGCACCCCACUUACCACCCACAAACCAGACAAAAAGGGAUAUGAUUGAUCCAACGCGGGUGGUCGGAAAUGAGCAGAAGAAAGUAAACUGUGACCAAUGAUGGGAAACAGAAAAAAAAGAAGAAGAAAAACUACAAAUUAUUACUAAACACACACCGCCAACAACAUGAAGGAAUGCAAUGUCGCAUCCGCAAGGCGUAGUGUGGAAGUAAAUCGUACAAGAUCGGUACGAGGUGAGUGAGUGAGUGUGUGUGUAUGUAUGUGCGUGGAAAAAUGAAGCAUACACAUUGGAGAUAAGCGAUACAAACGAGAUAAGAAAAUGAAACAAAAAAUACACACAACAAAUAAAAUAACAAACAAAGCGACAAAUACCGGAGCGAAACAAUGAUCAUAAUGGAUGAUGAUGAUGAAAGAUGAUGUUCAAAUGCGAUUUGAAUGAUUUUUUUUUCUAGUGUUAAGUAAAUACAAUAUUAUACAUAUUACAAAUAUAUACACGGUAUUAGAUAAAGAUAAAUCUGAA